UCUGUUAUCAUUCUGUUCUCUCUAAUCUUGCACGGUUUACGAACGGAGGAAGAAACCGUCGCCGGCGAUCAGUGGCGGAGCUGUGACCGGAAAAUAUAUUUCCGACAAUGGCGAGCUCAAGGGGCAUUUCGGUUUCCAUUUUUGUAGUUCAAGCUUUGUUAGCUUCGGUAGCUUUGGUUUCUGCUCAAGGAUCCACUAAUGGUUCUCGUUGGCAGACACUAAACGGGAGGCCGCCCUUUGUCAUAGCACGUGGUGGAUUUUCAGGAAUAUUUGCGGACUCCAGUUUUGGAGCUUAUAGUUUGGCUUUGUUAACCAGUGUACCUGAUGUGAUAUUGUGGUGUGAUGUGCAAUUAACAAGGGAUGCAGCUGGGAUAUGCUUUCCUGAUCUUAAGCUAAAUAAUAAUUCUGACGUGGCAAAUGUAUACAGUGAUAGGCAAAGGACUUACCUUGUCAAUGGGGUCUCAACAAAGGGAUGGUUUUCUAUUGAUUUCACUCUCAGGGAAAUUGGAAGCGUCAUAUUGACUCAAGGUGUCUUUUCUCGAACCAAUAAGUUUGAUGGCCAAAAUUACCCGAUUAUGACUGUUCAGGAUACCUAUACGCAGUUGAGUCCACCUGGUUUUUGGUUGAACAUUCAGCAUGAUGCAUUCUAUGGGCAACACAACUUGAGUAUGAGAAGCUUUGUACUUUCUGUAACUAGAAAUGCAAAUGUAACUAUUGACUAUAUCUCAUCACCGGAAGUGGCUUUCUUGCAAAGCAUUGCACCAAAUUUCCGAAGAUCAACAACAAAUCUUGUCUUCCGAUUUCUAGGACAGAACGAUGUGGAGCCUUCAACCAAUCAGACUUAUGGUUCUCUCUUACAAAAUAUCACAUUUAUCAAGACAUUUUCUUCUGGAAUCAUCGUUCCCAAGUCCUAUAUUUGGCCUGUAGAUAGACAACUUUACUUACUGCCUUCUACUUCUCUUGUCUUGGAUGCUCAUAGAGAAGGGCUACGAGUUUUUGCAUCAGAAUUUUAUAAUGAUGUUCCAUUUAGCUUCAAUUACUCCUAUGAUCCAGUGGCUGAGUAUCUUCAGUUUGUUAACAACGGCCAAUUCUCCGUUGAUGGGGUGAUAUCCGACUUCCCGAUAACGCCAUCAGCAGCUAUAGAUUGCUUUGCUCACCUAGACAGAAAUGCCUCAAAACAAGUGGACCUUUUGGUCAUCUCAAGUAAUGGAGCAAGUGGAGACUUUCCUGGUUGUACAGAUUCGGCAUAUUCAAAAGCGAUCCAAGAUGGUGUAGAUGUUCUCGACUGUCCUGUUCAAAUGACAAUGGAUGGAACACCUAUUUGCUUGAGCUCUAUAAAUCUCAUAGAUAGCACAACAGUGGUUCAAACAAGUUUUAGCAAUCUUUCAACAACAAUUCCAGAGAUUAAGCAGGGCAGUGGAAUAUUUACCUUUAAUAUGUCUUGGAAUGAUAUUCAAAGCUUGACACCUGUAAUAUCAAGCCCCCAGUCAGAGUUUGAAUUGUUUCGAAACCCGAAGUUCAGAAAUGCUGGGAAGUUCUUAUCAUUAUCCGAGUUCUUAACCAUGGCAAGGAAUGCUAGCUCUAUUCAAGGUGUCUUGAUCAGCAUCGAGAAUGCGGCUUUCCUUGCAGAGCAAGGAUUAGGUGUAACUGAUGCAGUGAUCGAUGCCUUGAGCAAAGCAGGCUACAAUAACCAGACAGCUCUGAAAGUUAUGAUACAGUCUAGCAAUAGCUCUGUCCUAAUGAAGUUCAAGAGUCAAACCAACUAUGAUCUCGUUUACAAGAUUGAUGAAGAUAUCGGUGGCACUCAAAAUUCAACGAUUGAUGACAUUAAGAGAUUUGCUACUGCUGUGGUAAUUAGCAAGGACUCUGUAUUCCCCAUAAAUUCAUUAUUUACCACUAGUACCACGAAUGUUGUACCAAGGCUACAAGCUGCGAAUCUCUCUGUCUAUGUCCAAACCUUCAGUAACGAGUUCACAUCUCAAGCAUGGGACUUUUUCUCGGAUGCAACUGUUGAGAUCAAUUCAUUCUUUGUGGGGGGUGGUAUUAAUGGUGUCGUUACAGACUUCCCGAAGACAUCUAAUAGAUACCGCAGGAACCGAUGCUUGAACAGAGGCAAUCGUACACCUCGCUAUAUGAAUCCUGUGCAGCCUGGCAGCCUUUAUCAACUAAUCACAGCUCCUUACUUGCCACCAGCUGCAGCUCCAAACCCCUACCUGACUGAUGCGGAUGUUGUCGAGCCUCCUUUGCCCCCCGUCACCGCGAAAGCCCCAACUACUUCUCCAAAUAGUACUGCAGCUGCCCCAAGAUCACCAAAUGGACAGCCUAAAGUUGCAGCAUCAGUCAUCAUGCCGCUGUUGACCGUGCUUCUAGCCAUUUCUUUACUGUUUUGAAACCGUCAGAAACCCGGCCCUCCCUUA